GGAGAUGCCAACCAUCUCUCCUUUCUACGAACGCAUUCUCAUAACCACUUCUCUCAAUAUAUAUACUUAACCAAAACGGAUUUCCCAUCCGAUGUGGGAUAAAUGAAACUUUAUUUUGUUUUUCUUCAAAACUAAAACUGUCUAUCUCCUCUCCUCUGUACUCUCUAUCAGAGUCUCUCUGUUCUCUCUCGCUCUAUGAAGAAGCUAGUUCCAAAGCUUCGAUUUUUCUCCUCUUCUUCUUCUUCUUCUUCUUUGAUAAUUCCGGGAUGUAGUAACAUACCCAAACCCAUAUACAACCCCUUAUAUAAUCUACUUCCCCAGACUCAAAACCCUAAUAAAAUCGUAGAUGUUAUCUGUUCAGCUCUCAACCACCGUGACCAUUCCAUCUUACUACCCAGCCUUCGUGACGAGGUUCAAUCACUGAUUCCUCAUUUGGGUUAUCCUGAAAUCUCCAGGGUUUUGCUUAGGUUUCAGUCAGAUGCUUCUCGGGCUCUUGCAUUCUUUAAAUGGGUUAAACUCGAUUUGGGGAAGAGACCUAAUAUUGGUAACUACUGUUUGUUGCUUCACAUUCUUGCUUCCUCUAAGAAGUUUCCUUUAGCUAUGCAGUUUCUCUGUGAAUUGAUUGAUUUGACAUCUAAGGAAGAUGAAGAUCUGUUCAGUGUUUUGGUUUCUGCUAGUGAUGAAUGCAAUUGGGAUCCUGUUGUUUACGAUAUGCUUGUCAAGGGUUAUCUGAAAUUAGGUUUGGUUGAACAAGGGUUUAAGGUUUUUAGGAAAGUGAUUAGUUCCGGUUUUAGUGUUAGUGUUGUCACUUGUAAUCAUCUCUUGAAUGGGUUGCUGAAACUGGAAUCCAUGGAUAGUUGUUGGCAAGUUUAUAAUGUGAUGUGUAGAGUUGGAAUCCAUCCAAACACGUAUACGUUCAACAUCCUUACCAAUGUGUUCUGCAACGACUCGAAUUUUCGUGAAGUUGAUGACUUUUUAGAGAAGAUGGAAGAAGAAGGUUUUGAGCCUGAUUUGGUUACUUAUAACACGUUAGUGUGUAGUUACUGUAGGAGAGGAAAGUUGAAAGAAGCGUUUUAUUUGUACAAGAUUAUGUAUCGGCGUCGUGUUGUGCCUGAUUUAAUUACUUAUACAUCGCUUAUCAAAGGUCUUUGUAAAGACGGGAGAGUUAGAGAAGCUCAUCAGACGUUUCACAGAAUGGUAGACAGAGGUAUUAAGCCUGAUUGUAUUUGUUACAAUACUCUUAUCUAUGCUUAUUGCAAAGAAGGGAUGAUGCAGCAAUCGAAGAAGCUGUUACACGAAAUGCUUGGGAAUAGCAUUGUUCCGGAUAGGUUUACUUGUAAGAUUAUAGUUGAAGGGUUUGUGAGAGAAGGACGGUUACAUGCUGCUGUUAAUUUUGUUGUCGAGCUUAGAAAGUUAAGGGUUACUGUCCCAUUUGAAGUUUGCGACUUUGUGAUAGGAAGUUUAUGCCGGGAAGGUAAACCGUUUGCAGCAAAGCAUCUGUUAGAAAGAAUCAGCGAAGAGGAAGGUCAUGAGGCUAAACCAGAGACUUACAAUACCUUAAUUGAGUCUUUAUCUCGUUGUGAUGCUAUUGAAGAGGCCUUGCUUCUAAAAGGGAAACUUAGAAACCAGAAUCAAGUACUUGAUGUCAAGACUUACCGAGCUCUUAUCGUCUGCUUGUGUAGGAAAGGUAGGAACCGUGAAGCCGAGUGUUUGAUGUCGGAAAUGCUUGAUUCUGAAGUGAAACCAGAUUCUUUUAUAUGCGGGGCUCUGGUUAAUGGAUACUGCAAGGAAUUGGAUUUCGUUAAAGCCGAGAGUCUGUUGGGUUUAUUUGCUUUGAAGUUUAAAAUCUUUGACACAGAGAGCUACAAUUCGCUUGUUAAAGCGAUUUGUGAUACAGGAAGUGGUUAUAAUAAAGUGUUAGAGCUUCAGGAAAGAAUGCAGAGACUUGGGUUUGUUCCAAACAGCUUAUCUUGUAAGUACUUGAUCCAAGUCUUGGAACAGCCUUCUUUGCCAAAUCAUCCGCCUGAAGAUUGAAGCAACGGUGGAUGCGAUGAAACUCGUAUUCCUUAUUCUUGGCCAGAUGCAUAAAAAGAAAAUACAAAGUUAGAUGGUGAGUACUGUGGAUCGUUUAAAGUGGUGGUGAAGCCUGUUGUAUCUCGCGGAAAGAGUCUAGUACUUCCUUCGCAUCCAUGAGGAAAAUGAUGUCCUUGUGAUUCAGAGGCUAGAGUUGCUUUCCGGCAUGAAGCAGAGCUUUUGCCUCAGCUUCUGAUGUCAGAAGACUACCUCGAUUCCAAAGCACAAGGCUUCUCUGUUGAUCAAAUAAGAGCCACACAAUUCUGAUCGGUGUGUUCACAUGGAACCAGGAUCAUCCAGCUAACAGUAAUGUUGAGUAGUUGGAACUAAAGGAUGCUCCUGAAACGGUUGCAGAUUGCCUCCAAUUUGUGUAUAGUUUGUAGUUAUUCCAAGAGCUUUAGCAGGAUUGUCUUUUGAUCCUUGUACUGUGUCUUCUGGUUUUGUUCUUUCCUCGUAUUUGAAAGUAAAGUACAAAACUUUGUGUAGUUGCAGCAAUUUCUUUGUAACUCUAUGCAAAUG